CUCUUCUCGGCAGAUUCGCCCCAUCACAGCUUCAAAGCAAUCCCACACGAACGGAGGACUUCGCUGGAAGGACCUACCUCACAUUUAGUAGCUCACCUUGUUUGCCGCUUGAGAAUUAUAAGCAAAACGAGUUUCCAGCACUUGUUCGCUUUCCCGAGCCAAGGCCAACAAAACGAUGCGGGUGUUAUUGACAUCGCUAACAAAGGGCUUGCUCCGACAACCAGCGGGAACAGGAGCACAAUUACUGAACACCUUCCGGGCACAAAGUUCAUCGGCGAGCGUCGUAUACAGAAACACGGUUAGCCCACGGAUACCCAUGUUACUCGGCAGGCCGAGUGCGACACCAUUAGCCCAAUUCACACAAAGAGCCGGCAUCCGGAUAAAGGCCUCUGACCCGAACGCAGACAAAGCUUCCUCUCCGAGGGGCAACAACAACGACCAGGCCGCAAGCCCAAACGCGCCGGGAGAGGCAGAGAAGGAGGCCGAGCGAAAGGAACGGAACAGCCAGCAGGAGGCGGAGGACGCAGAUAGCCAAGGGCUUGACCUGUUCGCACAAGCUGCGGCUAACCAGCGACGGAGGGAGGCUGCGGCUGCCGCUGGCCCGCAAGGGGGCGGCAAAGCUGCUGGCGCGGAAUCGGAAGUCGAUGAAGGCCAUCACCACAUGGAUCCGAAGGAAGCAGAGAGGAUAAAGAAGUGGAAGCAGCAGGCAGAGGAGGAGGAAAAGAGGCAAAUGCAGCGGAGCACACGGAUGUUUAUGUUUACCCUUGGGAUGUUUUCGCUUUCCGCAUUUGUCUAUUUGGGUAGGUGACAGUAAAGCAAUCCGCUCUCACCGAGAGUGUGAGACGUGUCCGAGCGAUAUCUCAGGACGUGUAUGCUGAUGGAACGUCGAUGGAUGCACAGGGAUCCCCACUGAGGAACAGAGAGCCGAUGCAGAAGAAUCGUACUUCACAAAUUACCACAUCCGCGCAUGGAAUAACUUAAAAAACCUUCGCACUACCCUCGAA